AUGUUUUAAUGUAAAUUUCUUUAUUUUUUCCCCUCCACUAUAGGCGGCACAUUAGUUGGUGCACCGUUUGGUGGAUACGCUCCAUUCGGGCAUCCGCCGUCAGCCGUUUUGCCACCACCUCGGCAUGCCGCCUUCUAUCCGCAGCCGAUUCUCUACUGGGGCUAUCCGAGCCCGCCAGUUUCGCCGACGACGUACUACAGCACGGCACCGCCCGGCACACCGCACCAUCUUGGUCCGGCGGCCCAUCAAACGGCGGGCAUUCCCACCCAUAGUCACGCACAGCCGACGAUGCUUGCCCUCAGCCCCGAUCAACGCAACCAACAACGUAACAAUCCGUCGGUGUCACUUGUGACGGUGCCACCGCGAGCUGCCGGUACGGCAGGAUCUUCCAGUGGUGAAUCGUCCACCUCACAAUCAUCCUCACCGCCACUGCUUUCGCCGACCGGCGGCUGUUCCAGUUCCGGGUCCGUGACGAGCGUUUCCUCCGGAACGUCCCAACGACAUGGUGGUGGCUCGGCAACGAUCCGCACGUCACCACCACCACCGUCGGCCUCUCUGUUAAGCCUACCGCUUGCCGCAGCUACCUCUCAGCCGCUCGCAAUCCCUGCGGUAACAACACCCACCGGUGGGCUGGCUGGGGCAUAUCCCGGUUCGCAGCUUUCGCCGAUUCAAGCAAUCCCAGCACCGUCGGUUCACUACCCACACGCCGCUCCGUUGAUGGGAACGGCCAGCCCACCGGGCACAACCGGCACCACGUUCUAUGAGCCACAUCCUCACCUACCACACCAUCCUCCCCAUCACCAUCACCACCACCAUCAUCAUCAUCCGCAUCCUCUGUCGCACCAUCAUCACGAUAAGCUGGUUGCGACGGCACCAAGCAUCCUGACACCGUCGCUCAUACCUAACCAAUACGUGGAGCUGUUUAUAGUUUGA